GCCCCUGCAUGCCAAGGCCGAGCAGCACCUCAUGUGUGAGGAGCACGAGGACGAGCGAAUCAACAUCUACUGCCUGCGCUGUGAGGCACCAACCUGCUCCCUCUGCAAGGUCUUUGGGGCACACAAGGACUGUGAGGUUGCACCGCUGCCCGCUGUCUACCAGCGCCAGAAGAGCGAGCUCAGCGAUGGCAUUGCCAUGCUGGUGGCGGGGAAUGACCGCAUCCAGGCCAUCAUCACACAGAUGGAGGAGAUCUGCCGCACCAUAGAGGCCUCCUCCAAGCUGGUGGAGUCAGCCAUCCAGGCCAUGGAGGAGCCCCAGAUGGCUGUUUACCUGCAGCACUCCAAGGAGCUUCUGAAAAAGAUCACAGACAUGUCCAAGGUGUCGAUGAGCAGCCGCCCAGAGCCUGGCUAUGAGAACAUGGACCACUUCUCCAUCAAUGUGGACUAUGUGGCAGAGAUGCUGAGGACCAUCGAGUUCCAGACAGAGCCACUGGGCGAGGACGAGGUGGAUGGACUUGGGGAUGGCAGUGAGGCUCCAGCAGAUGAGGACCGGCUGGAGAGCCUGGAGGCACCUGAUGCUGCGGAGGAUGUGGGGCUGAGGCAGAAGCUGGCAAGCUCUCCCCAUG